GGAAAACAUGAUACUGCUGCUAUUCUGGUGCAGGAACUCAUUGUUUGAUGAGGGCAUGAGUUGACAGAGUCAUUGCAAAAUAGAGAUCAUUUGUAGUGAUGCCACUAGCAUAAAUGGGAGAAUUUGGAUUUCGGCAGCGUUGGGAGUUCAGGAGGAACGAUGAAAACGACCUCGAUUCUUCAUUCAAUGAUUCGAUAUCGAGCGACGGGUCGCUUAUCAGAAAGAAGAAGCUGGUAUCGAGACUGAUUUCACUUGGUGAUGAUGAAAAUAGUGAAGGCAGUAGACUUAAGCAGAAGGAAGAUGAGAAACCUGGAAAAGCAGGUCAAAUUAACGUCCGGAAAGCUAAGAAACGGACAGCCAGGAAUAAGAGCUGCAGCAAAAUGAAGAAGGAUUCGCCUGAAGAAGUUGAUUUGCAGAAGGGUGAAACAAGUGCUCAGGAUCACGCUCCACUGGAUGAACUUAAAAACUUUAUGGAGUGCUUGUUAAAGGACCUUAAAGUUACAAGAGAAAGUUUAUUGAAAUGGAUGAUAGAUGAAGUGCAACAGUUGGUGGGUGAUCUAAGGAGAAAACCUGGUCAGGGUGAUGAGAAGGUCCAGUUGCCGAAAAGAAAAAAAUCUAGCAAAGAUCAACACGGGAAAACCCACACGGAAAACAUGCAAUCUCAUCGAUCGAGUAACUCCGAUAAAUGUAUCCAAGUCCAAUGCCAUACAGACUUACAACAGCAGAACAACACUCUGGAGAAAAUCAAACAGCAGGUGCCCAUUCAAGACAAUGAGAACAAUAACUUGCAGCACAAGAAUGACUUCGGAUACGGCAUGGAUAGAUCUUUAGUUAGAUUCCCUACAGGUUUUACUGCUCCUGCUUCUACUGGUUACUUAAAUCCAUUAGGAGAUCAACUUGGCUCCGGACAAUUUGUUGAGCUUAUUACUUCAUCAAACGGGAAAGGAGAUAGCUUGUCAAUGGCUGCAAAACCAAGUCAUCAAACAAGUGAUGCCGGUCAAAAUGUUCAAGCCAAGAGUAAUACCAGUGUUGUUUUAGCUAUAGAAGCUCAAAAACCCAAGGGUGGGUCUAUAAAGAGAAGUGCAAAAGGCAAGAAAACUGUUGAUCUCGGAGAUCACCAUCAAGUUCCCAAAGAUCAAGCCGGUCAUGGCCAGGCCAUUAGAACGGCAGGAGCCAGUACUAAUGUAGAAGAGCUUGGAUCAUCUGUUCAAAAUUUACUAUCUAGUCCCUUUGGUCAGGUACCUUGGUCAAUGUAUCCGAUGUUACCAACUUUUCUAACUGAUCAAAUAGCAGCAAAUCAAAGGCCUGAUGCAUUAUUAAACAACUAUGUUCUACCAAGAUCCGCGGAGACGAAAAGCUGUAUGAAUGCAGAAAGAGUGAAUCAAAUGCUGGAACCAGGUUCUAGUCGAGGAUCAUUUCCAGUCAUCUCACCAGAAGAAACCAUUAGAAGAUUUGCAUUAACGGGAUCGAGAAAUAUGGACCGCAUUAAUCCAAAAAGCACCCCGAGUUCUUCUGGCAUCGGAACUGGAUUUCCUUUCCCACUUCACCAAGGUAUAGAUUUUGGUUUAAGCAUUCCAAAUCCAAGACAAUUCAAUCCACAAAAUCUUCCACAGGAAACUGGCAAACCACUGGGUUUGAAGAUGAAUGGAGGAGCUGCUAAGGUCUCUGGUGGAAGCUAUAACUUAUCAGAACAUAUUACUGCAAACAAUCACCAUGGCAAUCCAACUUACAAGUCUGACGGCCGACUCUCGUCAUAUCAGAUGCAAAACCUUAAAGACGGUCAUCUUUUCCUGCAGUAAUAAUUUUAGUUCGAGCAGUUGGAACAAAGUCCCUUGUCAAAACUAUUUAGGCAAAUAGAUUUCAAUUCCAUGAUGUUCAUCGAAAGUGUGAUCCUUUUUUCUUUUCUGUCGCAUUUGAUCUAAUAUAAACCUGAAUCUGUUCAUCUUUCAGAACACUUUG